CUGGAGUUGAGCGCCGGGCUUGUCGGGAAGUGUGGCAGAAGCGGGUUCCAAAGGCCGUAAAGGUUUUCGUUUGCCGGCGCGGGGUCCGCCGGGAAGUGUGUCUGAGAUCCGCCGCGCGGUCCUUCAGGCGGGAGGCUCAGCGUUUCGCGGGCCGGGAGAAGGGAGGCGGCACGAUGGUGAAGCUGACGGCGGAGCUGAUCGAGCAGGCGGCGCAGUACACCAACGCCGUGCGGGACCGCGAGCUGGACCUGCGGGGAUAUAAAAUCCCUGUCAUCGAGAAUCUGGGUGCGACCUUAGACCAGUUCGAUGCGAUUGAUUUUUCUGACAAUGAAAUCCGGAAACUGGACGGCUUCCCUCUGCUGAGGAGACUGAAGACCCUCCUCGUGAACAACAACCGGAUAUGCCGCAUCGGUGAGGCGCUGGACCAGGCCCUGCCCUGCCUCACGGAGCUCGUCCUCACCAACAACAGCCUCGUGGAGCUGGGUGACCUGGACCCGCUGGCGUCGCUCAAGUCGCUGACCUACCUGAGUAUUCUCAGGAACCCCGUGACCAACAAGAAGCACUACCGCCUGUACGUCAUUUACAAGGUCCCCCAAGUGCGUGUGCUGGACUUCCAGAAGGUGAAGCUCAAAGAGCGUCAGGAAGCAGAGAAAAUGUUCAAGGGCAAGCGGGGUGCGCAGCUUGCAAAGGACAUUGCCAGGAGAAGCAAAACGUUCAACCCAGGUGCGGGUUUGCCCACUGACAAGAAGAAGGGCGGGCCACUGCCCGGGGACGUGGAGGCCAUCAAGAACGCCAUAGCGAACGCGUCGACGCUGGCGGAGGUGGAGCGGCUGAAGGGCCUGCUGCAGUCGGGCCAGAUCCCCGGCAGGGAGCGCCGAGCAGGCCCCAGCAACGACGGGGAGGAGGAGAUGGAGGAAGACACCAUCGCCAACGGCUCCUGAGUGUCCGCGGGGCCGGUGUCCUCGGGGCGUGGGGCCCAGCCGCCGGAGACAUGGUCCUGCCUUGAACGUGGAAUGAUAGCGUGAAGCUUCGCUGGGGGGCUCCGACGGCUGCAGUGGUUUCUCAUUCACAUUCUGAGAUCUCACCGCCUGAUUCGCACAGAGUGGAAUAGACACCCACUGCCUGCUGCUGGGCUGUGCGCGCAGUGGGUGUGUACGCCUUUAAGCGGGACCCGCAGGAGGCCUUGUUUCUGACCAGGCCUCCGUCUGUAAAACGUUUGGAUGUUUAAAUGUUAAUAAAACUGCUGUUCACGGCA